AUGUUCCGGUUAAUAAUUUUUUCCAUUAUUCAGUUUUUCUUAUUAAUUGAAACAACGAAAUCAACUUCCGUUUCUUUGAUAUCGAUUGUUAUUCAAGUUAAAGGUGAUUGUAAAACAAUUGGUGAUAAAAUUGCUCAAGAACAUGGAUAUCGUUAUGUUCGACAGAUUUUAGUUGGUUUUUGUGAAUUAGAAGAAGAUCCAUCAUCUAAAAAUCAUAUACGACAUCGACGAGCCAUCGAAAACGGUAUUGAUCCAGCUCAAAUUCUUCUUAAUCAUGAACAUGUUGAAUGGGCUGAAAGACAAAUACCAAAAAUACGGCAAAAACGUGAAUUUAUUUUUAAUGAUCCCGAGUGGAAUAAUAUGUGGUAUUUGACGCGACAUUUACGUACACAAACCCUACCUGAUUUAAAUGUAACUGGUGCUUGGCAAAUGGGUUGUACAGGACGAGGACGAGUUGUUACUUUUCUUGAUGAUGGUUUAGAAUUUGAUCAUCCAGAUUUACACGAAAAUUAUGAUAAAGAAGCUAGUACAGAUAUCAAUGGUAAUGAUGAUGAUCCAACACCACGUUAUGAGCCAACUAAUGAAAAUAAACAUGGAACUCGAUGUGCUGGUGAAGUAUCAGCAAAAGCAAAUAAUCAAAUAUGUGGAGUUGGAAUUGCUUAUCAUGCUAGAGUUGGAGGUAUUCGAAUGUUAGAUGGUGAAGUAACAGAUAGUGUUGAAGCACGAUCGCUUAGUCAUCGACCUGAUCAUGUCGAUAUUUAUUCUGCUAGUUGGGGACCGGAUGAUAAUGGUCUUGUUGUUGAUGGACCUGGUUUAUUAGCUAAAAAAGCUUUUGAAAAUGGUGCUUUACAUGGUCGAGGUGGAAAAGGAUCAAUAUUUGUUUGGGCAAGUGGCAAUGGUGGUCGUUCAGCAGACUCAUGUGCAUGUGAUGGCUAUAUAACUUCCAUUUAUACGAUUGCUGUUAGUUCUGUAACAGAAUCGGGAAGUGUACCUUGGUAUCUUGAAGAAUGCUCAGCUACUCUUGCUGCAGCAUAUAGCAGUGGGCAAGGAAAUGGCGAUCAUGAAAUAAUUACUACGGAUUUGCAUCAUACUUGUACAAGUCAUCAUACGGGAACAUCAGCAGCAGCACCAUUAGCGGCAGCUGUUUAUGCUCUUGUUCUCGAAGCCAAUCCUAAUUUAACAUGGCGUGAUGUAAUGUAUAUAACAGUUCUUGGUUCUCGCUCAAAUGUUAUUCCAUCGAAUACAGAAAUUAUUCAAAAUGCAGCUGGAAUGAAUGUCAGUAGUAGAUAUGGUUUUGGUCUUAUGGAUGCUGGUUUAAUGACUUGGUAUGCAAGCGGUUGGAAAAAUGUUCCACCUAUGUCAACAUGCGAAUCAAUGACUUAUAAUCCAAAAAAGACUAUAAAGUCAAAGUCAAAUGAAACAUUUUCUGUUGAUUUAAAGGAAUGUAAAAAUAGUGGUAAUAUAAAAAGUCAAGUAAAUUAUAUUGAACAAGUACAAGUAUUUGUAAAUUUAUCGACGACCAAUCGAGGAGAAAUAGAAAUCUAUCUUUACUCACCAUCAAAUACAAAAACAACAAUUUUACCAAGACGAGCUAACGAUCACAGUGAUCAAGGUUUUAGCAAUUGGGCUUUUUUAACAGUACAAUUAUGGUUUGAAGAUCCUCAUGGACUAUGGAAACUACAAAUAUGUAAUACAGGUGGAGGAUCAGCUGAGUUAAUAUCUUGGCAACUUGUCGUUCAUGGUACACGUGAUUAUCCAGUCUCACCUCAUUCAUCAUCUGGUACUAAUCAAUCUAAUUGUCAUGUCGAAUGUAAUCCUAAAGAACCAUGUGGUAAUAAUGAUACAAGUUGUACAGCAUGUCGACAUUAUAAACAACCAUUAACGGAUGGAAAGUUUCGUUGUGUUGGUAUAUGUCCUGAAGGUACUUAUCUAUUUGAAACAGAUAAAUCAUGUUUACCUUGCCACUCAAAAUGUGGUUCAUGUCGUAAUGAUAGUGAAAAUAGUUGUGUCAGUUGUAAAUAUGGUUUCUUUCUUAUACAUGAUACAAUGAUAUGUGCCGAGUCGUGUCCCACUAAUUAUUAUACGGAUCGUAAUCUUCGAAAAUGUGUUCGUUGUAAAUCUGAUUGUGCAUCAUGUGAAACAAGUUCUCAUAUAUGUACAACAUGUCCAAAUGGUUAUGCUCUUAAAGAUACAGAUUGUAUAAAAGCAGCACAAGAAUGUCCAUCUAGUGAAUACUUUGAUUUUACUACAAAUACUUGUCGAUGGUGUGAUUUUCGAUGUUCAAAUUGUAGUGGACAUGAAUCUUAUCAAUGUACUUCAUGUGAUAAAACAAGCAAAUUUCCUUAUCUUCAAUAUCAUACAUGUGUUUCAUCAUGUUCACCAGGAUUUUAUCUUUCAAAAAGCAAUUCUGAAUGUCUUUCAUGUCAUGAAACAUGUCUUAAUUGUACAUCAUCAAAUGACUCAUCAUGUUUGGCAUGUAAAAUAGGUUAUGAUUAUAUUCCUGAUACUCAUCGUUGUGAAAAACAUAUUGGUAAACCAUAUUAUAUUGAUAGUAAAACAGGUGAAAUGCGUACAUGCCAUUCAUCAUGUACACUAUGUAAAGGAGCAAAUCCAACUGAUUGUAUUGCUUGUAAUCCAAUAACAGAAGUACUUCUUAGUGAUGGACAUUGUGUUAAUGAAUGUCCAGCAGGUUCAUAUGAAAGUGAAAAGAAGACAAAUGAAAUUCAAACAAAUAUUUGUUUACCAUGUCCAAUUGGAUGUAAACUGUGUACUAAUGCAAAUGAUUGCAGUCAAUGUGAUGAAAUCAAAGGAUAUCAUAUAGACGGUCGAAAAUGUUUACCAACAUGUCAAUCGGGUACUUUUCAAAUGGAUAAUCAUUGUCGACCAUGUCAAGAUCCGUGUGUGACAUGCAUGAAUUUAACAAGUUGUUUAUCAUGUAAUAAUAACUUAAAUUUAUUAAAUGAUCAGUGUGUUGAUAAAUGUCCAGAUGGUUAUUAUUCAAAUAAUAACAAAUGUAUUCAAUGUAAUCCAAUGUGUCGUACAUGUACAGGUUCAUCAGAAGAUGAUUGUAAAUCAUGUGCAGAUGGAUUUCGUUUUGAUGAACAGCAAAAGCAAUGUUUGAGUUUAUGUCCAAAUGGAAAUUUUUACAAUAAAGAUGAUAAUAUAUGCAAAUUAUGUACAGACAAUUGCCUUGAAUGUUUACAUCCUGGUUCGUAUUGUCGUCAAUGUUCUUAUCCAAUGUCACUUGAUAUUUCUACUCAUAAAUGUUUAUCUUGUUGUACAUCAAAUAUUACCACUGAUGAUUGUUGUCAAUGUCCAUUAAUAUGGGAUGGUUUCUGUCUUCAUCCACUUGUAACUCCGCCGACUUCUUCAAGUUGGUGGUAUAAAUCCCCAAUAGAUCAAAUUCGUGAUAAAUUUUCCAAAUUAGAUGGUUCUCAUCAAACUAUUGUUUUGAUUAUAUUAAUUCUUAUUUUAAUACUUUGGAGUAUUUGUUUUAUAAUGUUUUUUAUACGACAAUUUAAUAUUUUGUGUUUUUCUUCAAAAUCGACGAUAAAUCAACAUGUUAAUGUUGAAUAUGUUGUAUUAGAAAAUCUCGAUGAUGAUCAAAUAAGUAAUAGACAAUAA